AUUUCUCAGAUUUUCAUGUUCUCAGAUCCAAUAAGCUUCACAAGCUACCCUUUUCAUAAGCUCUUUGAUGAUCCCAUCCGGUUCAGUGCAAGCAAUGCCUAUUUUGCCUCAAUGGAACUUCUCUCUACCCAAGGCAAAUUCACUCCUAACUACAAAUGUGACACCCAGAACAAUCUGGUCGCUGUCAUUGGGGGGCCUAAUUAUGAUAUCUGCUUCCACAUGGCAACCAUUCUCUCUGCCUACAAGAUUCCACAGUUUAUAUAUGGUUCUGCACCAGUGUGGGACAGCAAAGAUCAUGGAGGCUUCUUCUAUCCAAUGUUCCCAAAUGGGGCCUUUCAAUAUGAGGGUAUCUGCCAGUUAUUGUCCCAUUUCAAGUGGACUUGGAUUAUAGUACUUUAUUUGGAUGAUGACAAUGGAGAAAAGUUUGUACAGAACGUGCUUCCCAUUUUCCCCCAAUGGGGUAUCUGCAUUGACUUAAUAGAAAAAUUCCCAGGAGGGAUUUUUUCCACUGAUAUGAUUGGCUUAGUAGAAGAGGAGGUAAAAAAAUACAAGGUUGUCUCGCAAAGCACUGCCAAUGCUGUCAUAUUGCAUGGUGAAAUUCAGACCAUGAUGAUUCUGAGACUGUGGCUUCGGAUCCCAGAAACUGAGCUUCUACCAGUAUUGAAAAAAGUAUGGAUUUUGACAGCACAGAUGGAUUUUUCAUCACUUGCCUUUCAAAUAAAUUGGGACAUACAGUUUCUCCAUGGUGCUCUAUCCUUCGCUACUCGUUUCAAGGAGCCAUUCGGAUUCCGGACAUUUCUUCAUAGUAAGAACCCUACUUCAGCAAAAGAAGAUAGUUUUAUCAAGGUCUUCUGGGAACAGGUUUUUAUAUGUUCAUUCCCCAACUCCACAAAAAACAACCAAAAUAUCUGCAGUGGGCAGGAGCAACUAGAGACUCUACCAAGUUCUGCUUUUGAAUUGAGCAUGACUAGUCACAGCCACAACAUUUACAAUGCAAUUUAUGCUGUGUCGCAUGGUUUGCACGCCAUGAAUUUAUUUGCAUCCAAGCACAGAGGAAUGGUGACUGGAAGGAGAUGGAGGUUUCCAAAGCUACAGCUAUGGCAGCUCCACCACAUUCUGCGAAGCAUCUCCUUUAACAACAGCCUGGAGGAAAAGAUUUCCCUUGAUCAGAAUGGAGAGUUAUUAUCUGGAUUUGAUAUUAUCAACUGGGUCACCUUCCCAAACCGGUCCUUUCUUAGAGUCAGAGUUGGAAGGAUAGAGCCAAAAGCUCCACCGGGCAAAACGUUCACCAUUUGUGAAGAUACCAUCGUAUGGCCCUUCUUGUUUAACCAGACACAGCCUCUUUCUCUGUGCAAUGACCAGUGCCAUUUGGGUUAUCAUAAAACGAUGAAGGAAGAGAAGCCAUUUUGCUGCUAUGUUUGCAGACCGUGUCCACAAGGGAAGAUUUCAAACCAGGAAGACAUAGAUGAGUGUUUUCAAUGCCCAGAAGAUCAGUAUCCAAACUAUAAGCAAGACUCAUGCAUUCCCAAAAAUAUAAGCUACUUGUCCUAUGAAGAACCUUUGGCGAUAAGUCUGGCUAUUUCUGCCAUUUCUUUUUGUUUCAUCACAGUUUUGGUGCUUGUGAUCUUCAUUAAGCAUCAGGAUACUCCUAUAGUUAAAGCCAACAACAGGAACCUCACCUACAUUCUCCUCAUCUCCCUCCUGCUCUCCUUCCUUUGUGCUUUUCUAUUCAUUGGUCAACCGGACAAGCUAACAUGUCUCCUUCGACAAAGUGUUUUUGGCAUCGUCUUCUCAGUGGCUGUUUCUUGCAUACUGGCCAAAACCAUCAUUGUCGUUCUAGCUUUCAUGGCCACCAAGCCAGGGUCGAGGAUGAGGAAAUGGGUGAGGAGUCAACUGGCCAAUUGUAUUGUUCUUUCCUGCUCCUUUGUUCAGAGCAUAAUUUGUACUGUGUGGCUAACAACCUCUCCCCCAUUCCCAGAUUUUGAUGUGUACUCAGUGAUUGACAAAAUUAUACUGGAAUGUAAUGAAGGGUCUGUCAUCAUGUUUUACUGUGUCCUAGGAUUUUUGGGAUUCAUGGCCAUUGUUAGCUUUGUUGUGGCUUUCCUAGCCAGGAAGUUACCAGGCAGUUUCAAUGAAGCCAAGUUCAUCACCUUCAGUAUGUUGGUGUUCUGCAGUGUUUGGCUGUCUUUUGUUCCAACCUAUCUGAGCACAAGAGGAAAAUAUAUGGUGGCUGUGGAGAUCUUCUCCAUUUUGGCCUCAAGUGCUGGGUUGCUGGGCUGUAUCUUUUCUCCUAAAUGUUAUAUCAUUGUACUGAGACCAAAACUUAACAGCAAAGGGCAACUCAUAAGGAGAAAAAAAUUUAGCCCAUAA